UCUUUUUUUCCUAAUCCCUCAUCCCUUCCUUCCCUUCCCCCUCCCCCCUUGUUCCCCUUCCCAUAUGAACAUGGCCUUCUUAAUUCACCUGUGAAUGUUUGCUGGGCACCCACUCCCGGCUAAAGGCUAGGGAUGCUAUGAUAACAAGAUCUGUCCCUGUCCACAAGUUGCUCAUAGAGCAGAGAGGAGCAGCUCCCCAAACAUGAUGUGACCUAGCAGACCCUUGCUUUGAGGACGUGUACAAGAGGCAGCAGCCACACAGCAGAGAACCUGGUGUCCACUGCCUAAGGAAGGCCCCCAGAAAAACUGUGUUUGCACCAAGCCUUGCAAAAAGGAUAAGAUUUUCCUCCCAGGUUGACAGGAGCAUAGACAGAGGGUGUGAUGGCUGGGGCCAGCACAAUCUGCCUGCAGCUACAGGUAGGGUCAGGUUCCCUGCAGGCAGUAGGGCUUGGAGGAGACAGGAGAUUUGACAUUCUUAUAUUCCGUCAAGGGCCUCAAAGGUCCAGACAGAUUCCAGAAUCACUCAGGAGCCUCGUUCAAAACAUGGUAGGAAGCAUGUCAUGAGGGUUAGGUGGGUGCAGUGGGGGUGACACCUGCUGGCCCAUUUCAGAGGCACCAUAGAAUGUGUACCUGCAGUGGGGAGGGACAGACCUCAGGUAGGGAUUCUCAUGUUUGUGGUGUCUGCAGCAUGUCUGGAGAGGUGCUUGGUGAGGGGUUGGAUGGAAGGUCUGAAGUUCAGAGGAAAGGCCCAGGCCAACGUGCACGGAGUUGGUUGUGAGGGACUUGGGCCAAGCACCCUGAACAGGGCAGCCCCGUGUGUGGUCCAUGGCUGCUCUUCUCUGAGGAGAGGCUGGUUCUCAAGGAGGCAGAGAAAUCAUGCUGUGGACCUGGAGAGGCCGCUUGGGGAGAAGAUUUCUACUGCUCUGGAGUGCUGUGCUCAUCAUGUACCCCACCAGCCUGGCCGUCAUCUCCAUGACCUUCUCCAACUAUGUGCUGCAGCCUGUGUUUCCCAACUGCAUCCCCCCAGCCACAGCCUCCCGUGCGCUCUCCAUGGCCUGCCUGAGUGGCCUUCCCUCCCUAGUGCUCUUGACAUGGGUCAACAGCUCCAGUGUGCGGUGGGCCACACGCAUCCAGGACAUCUUCACAGGCGGGAAGCUGCUGGCCCUGUCAAUCAUCAUCGGUGUCGGCUUUGUUCAGAUCUUCCAAGGACACUUUGAGGAGCUGAGACCCAGCAAUGCCUUUGCCUUCUGGAUGACACCUUCUGUGGGUCACCUGGCCCUGGCCUUCCUCCAGGGCUCCUUUGCCUUCAGUGGCUGGAACUUCCUCAACUAUGUCACUGAGGAGCUGGUGGACCCUCGAAACAGGCCUCCCUUGCUGCCUGUGGGAACGGCUUUGGAGAGGAAGAUGAAUGCUGAUCCAGUGAUUUGCAUUUGGCCCAAACUUACACAUAUGCAUGCAACAUGGUCCCUACAGCUGAAGCCAGUGACUCCAUCUGAUGCUCAGCCAGGGGUCUGGACAGGAAACUAUUGCAGCCAAGAACCUACCUCGUGCCAUCUUCAUCUCUAUCCCUCUGGUGACCUUUGUGUACACGUUCACCAAUGUUGCCUACUUCACAGCCAUGUCCCCACAGGAGCUGCUGGCCUCCAACGCAGUGGCUGUGACCUUCGGGGAGAAGCUGCUGGGCUACUUUUCAUGGGUCAUGCCUGUCUCCGUGGCACUUUCCACUUUUGGAGGGAUCAAUGGCUACCUGUUCACCUCUUCCAGGCUGUGCUUCUCUGGAGCCCGAGAGGGGCACCUUCCCAGCCUGCUGGCCAUGAUCCAUGUCAGACACUGCACCCCUAUCCCUGCCCUCCUCGUCUGUUGUGGGGCCACAGCGGUCAUCAUGCUUGUGGGAGACACAUACACACUCAUCAACUACGUGUCCUUCAUCAACUACCUCUGCUACGGCGUCACCAUCCUGGGCCUGCUGGUGCUGCGCUGGAGGCGGCCGGCACUCCACAGAUCCAUCAAGGUGAACCUUCUCAUCCCUGUGGCAUACUUGGUGUUUUGGGCAUUCCUGCUGGUCUUCAGCUUCAUCUCGGAGCCCAUGGUCUGUGGGGUCGGCAUCAUCAUCAUCCUGACAGGGGUCCCCAUUUUCUUCCUGGGAGUGUUCUGGAGAAGCAAACCAAAGUGUGUGCACAGACUCACAGGGAUCAGGCCUCAAGAUCCAUCUGUCUGUCUGUCCUCAGAGUCCAUGACACGCUGGGGCCAGAAGCUGUGUUUCGUGGUUUAUCCUCAGGGCUCCCCUGAGGAGGAAGAAAAUGGCCCCUGCCAGCCCUCCCCACUGCCCGACAUGGACAAGCCCUUGAAGUCACAAUGAGACAUUUGUAGACAUCGAAGCAGCUGUUUUGUUUACAUGUUGUUUAUUGAG